AUGACAAACAACGACCAAAAAACACCGGUUUCAUUGAACAAUAAUGCCAUUAAAAACUGGACAAUUUCAGACAUUGAAGUUCCAAAUUACUCAAGACAAGAGGUUAAACAAGGGAUAGUACAUUUGGGUGUAGGCGGUUUUCAUCGUUCCCAUCUGGCUCUCUAUAUGCACCAAUUGAUGCAGAGAUAUGAUACUAAAGAUUGGUCAAUCUGUGGCGUUGGUUUGAUCAAGCCUGAUGUUGUCAUGCGUGAUGACCUAAAUAGUCAGGACUGUUUAUAUACGCUAAUGGAACGUGGAAUUGAGAAAAGCACCACUACGGUGAUUGGAUCAAUUACGUCUUACAUGUAUGCACCUGAAAAUCCCAAAGCUGUUAUUGAGAAAAUGGCUAAUCCCGAUACACGCAUCGUGUCUUUGACAGUUACGGAAAGUGGCUAUUACCAUAGUGAAGCAACGGCUUCUUUGCAAAAAGAAGACCCUGCAAUUGUGAAUGAUUUAAAAAACCCAAGCACUCCUUGUACAAUCUAUGGUUAUUUGUACGAAGCUUUGUUAAUCCGUUACAAUAAAGGACUCGCUCCAUUUACCAUAAUGUCCUGCGACAAUAUGCCCGAAAACGGAAAAACCUUAAAGUCUAUGUUGGUAGCCUUCGCGAAAUUGAAGGACUCGAAAGUGGCAGACUGGAUUGCUACUGAGGUAGCAUCACCUAACGCUAUGGUGGAUCGUGUAACCCCCAAGACAACUGACGCAGAUCGGAAAUACUUGGCAAAUAUUUUGGAAAUAGAUGAUAAAUGUCCCGUCGUUUGUGAACCAUUUAUUCAGUGGGUUCUAGAGGAUAAUUUUUCACAAGGCCGUCCUGACUGGGAGAAAGUUGGCGUUCAAGUUGUUUCCAAUGUUGAGCCUUAUGAAUUGAUGAAAUUGCGUUUGCUAAAUGGGGCCCAUUCUGAAAUGGGAUACCUAGGCUAUUUAGCAGGCUACCAGUAUAUCCAUGAGGUUGUCACUGAUCCUUUAAUCAACAGAUAUAUCCGUAUUAUGAAUCGUGAAGAAGUCAUUCCUUUGCUUCCAAAAAUUGAGGGUGUUGAUUUCGACGAAUAUUCUCUAUCGGUUCUAGAAAGAUUCUCUAAUCCGGCAAUCAAAGAUCAAGUUUCUCGUAUAUGUUUAAUGGGUUCAGGUAAAAUGCCAAAAUACGUGUUGCCAUCAAUUUCCGAACAGCUUGCUAAGCCUGAUGGUAAGUUUGAUCUCUUGACUUUAGGGGUUGCUGGAUGGUUCCGUUAUCUCAGAGGUGUUGAUAUGGUCGGAAAGGAAUUUGAGAUUGAGGAUGUAAUGGCUGCAACCUUAAAGGAAACAGCUAAUAAAGGUGGAGACGAUCCGGCAUCUUUGUUGGGAAUCCAAACACUGUUUGGAGAUGAUUUGAGAAACAAUGAAGCAUUUGUUGAAGACCUAGCACGUGACCUAAAACUAAUUUCAGAGAAAGGACCGUUGGAAGCUGUUAGAGCCCACCUACUUGCCUACAAGGAUUGA